AUGCUGAGUGUUUUAUCAUCAAUCGAAACGCUUGACAUGGCUGUCGCACUACUAGCUCUCCUCUCAUACCUCCUUUACAUCCUGUGGAAUAGAAAAUUGCGAACGGUAUACCCCCCUGGUCCCACUCCGAUACCAUUCCUAGGCAAUUUUUGCCAGUUGCCUGUCGAAAAUCAACAUGAGAAAUUUCAAGAGUGGGCUCAGACAUAUGGAAACAUCGUCUACGCACAGCUCUUCAGGACGCCUUUGGUUCUUCUCAACUCGCUAGACACAAUACAAGAUCUCAUGGUGAAGAAAGGCGCAAUCUACUCUGAUCGGCCGCAGUUCGUACUAUGGGAAGAUAUCUACGGGUUCAAGCCCAUCCCAACAUCACUCAACGCGGACGACGACUGGCGAGAACAUCGCAAGUGGAUGCAAUCUGCUCUCGAGACAGACCAGGCUUUGGUUGAGAUGCACCCACUUCUACGUAGUAGUGUUGAUAAGCUGCUGAUGAAGCUGGUCAACUCCCCGGACGCUUUCUUUGCACAUGUGCAAAGAUACACAAGCGAACUUACAAUCGAUAUCGCAUACGGGAUGGACAAGUUGACGGCAGACGACAGAUAUCACCGCAUAGCUCAGGAUGCGGUUGAUGCCAUCGCACACGGCAGCUCCUUAUUUGCCGCAUUGGUUGACUUUUUCCCCAUACUGAAAUACAUCCCUGCAUGGGUCCCUGGCUCCGCUUACAAUUCUUAUGCAACAAGAGCGAGAAAUGCGGUUUAUCAGAUGAUAAAUGAGCCUUUCAAUUUGCUCCUUGAGACUAUGGCGUCCGGGGUAUACAAGCCUUCGUUCGCGUCGGUUCUGAUCGAAGCAAAAUCUGAGAAUGGCCAGCUAUCAACUCGGGCUGAAUCCCAUAUCAAAGGUGCUGCAGCGACUGUAUAUGCCGGCAACGCCGAUGUGGUCCUAACCCUUAUCUUGGCCAUGCUACUCCAUCCGAACGUAUCGGAAAAGGCGCAGAAAGAGAUAGACUCCGUGGUUGGUCCAGAUCGACUGCCUGAGUUUCAUGACAGGAAACGGCUUCCAUACCUUGAAAGUGUGCUCUCUGAAGUACAUCGCUGGAAUCCUCCUGCACCUCUGGGUGUCCCACACCGUCUCAAAUGCAAUGAUGAGUACAAGGGUUACUUCAUUCCGAAGGGAGCAAGUAUAAUCUCCAACAUUUGGGCUAUAUCGCGUGAUACAUCCAUCUAUCCUGAUCCAGACACAUUCUGGCCCGAACGAUUUGGGCAGAUGGAUGCAGAGACUUUCAAGGCGUACGACCCCAAGAAGUAUGUCUUUGGUUUUGGCAGACGUGUAUGUCCCGGUCGUCAUCUGGCAGAUUUAACCACUUGGCUUGCGGCGGCCAAUAUACUAGCAACGAUGGACAUUAGGAAGGCACGAGAUCACGCUGGCGCAGAGAUAGAACCCAAGGUCUCAUUUGUCUCCGCUCUAACCAGGGGCCCGCAAAAGUUCGCCUGCAGCAUCUGCCCGCGAAGUCUAGCGUCCGUGGAGCUCAUCAAACAACAGCUCCCAGACAAACCUGCUUGA